CGGGGUGAAUCCGGGCGGUCCGGGCGGCGGGACCGGGGAGGCGUGGGGUCGCCAGGCGCCUGGGAGAAUCGGAGGAAGCGAAGAAGAUGAGAAAGAAGGGGCCGGGCGCCGGCAGCCCGGGCUGCAGCCUGGCGCCUCGCCACCCCAGGCACCCCGGUGGCGCCGAGGAGCCGCUGUGCAAAGUCGGAGGGAGCUGCUGAGAUCGAGACCCGGGAGCGCGGUGGAGCAGGGCUGCCCGGGCGGUGGAGGCGCACGGCAGGCAUUGGCUCUGCGGGUCCGGGAGACCCCUUCGAGUGACUCACAGGAGACAGACGGGGGCUGGGGAAAUGGGCCCCGUGAGGCAAGCGUGACCCUCAAGUCCAGCCCGCCAGCCCGACGACCAGCCGGGAGGACAGCACCAUGGCUGGAGUCGUGGAGCAGAAGAGCGGGCUGGUGCGCAGCAAGCUCAGCGAGGCCGGCAAGAGGAAUGGCCUCAUCAACACCAGGAGCCUGGUAGCCGAGAGCCGGGAUGGCCUAGUGUCUGUGUACCCCGCUCCCCAGUACCAGAGCUGCCGGGUGGUGGGCAGUGUGGCACCGGCUGGCCCAGACGGCGCCCGGAACGAGCCGCUCCAACAGCUGCUGGACCCCAGCACGCUCCAGCAGUCAGUGGAGUCCCGCUACCGGCCCAACCUCAUCCUCUACUCGGAGAGUGUGCUGCGCCCCUGGGGGGAUGGCGUGGCGGCUGACUGCUGUGAGACCACCUUCAUCGAGGACCGCUCGCCCACCAAGGAGAGCCUGGAGUACCCCGAUGGCAAGUUCAUUGACCUCUCACCCGAAGACAUCAAGAUCCACACGCUAUCCUAUGAUGUGGAAGAGGAGGAGGAGUUCCAGGAGCUGGAGAGUGACUACUCCAGCGACACAGAGAGUGAGGACAACUUCCUCGUGAUGCCCCCGCGGGACCACCUGGGCCUCAGCGUCUUCUCCAUGCUCUGCUGCUUCUGGCCCCUGGGCAUCGCCGCCUUCUACCUGUCCCACGAGACGAACAAAGCCGUGGCCAAGGGGGACUUCCAUCAGGCCAGCACCAGCUCCCGGCGGGCCCUCUUCCUGGCUGUGCUCUCCAUCACCAUAGGGACCGGCAUCUACGUGGGCGUGGCCGUGGCCCUCAUCGCCUACCUCUCCAAGAGCAACCACCUAUGAGCUUCCCCGGGCGCACGAGGAGCCUGGGCCAGUCAUGUGCGGGCACAGAGGAGCAAGGCUGGCCAGGGUGGACACACAGGUGGAGAUACACCUGUGUGAGGCUGUUACAGUGUAAGUCAUAGCCAAUGACGCCACGAAGCCCUGGGAUUUAUGGAUUCCCUUUGUUUUCACCCUUUCAUAUCGUUUUCACAGCACUGUGUAGAGCUUGGGACAGAUGGGGCACCGCUGACCCAUUCCCAGUGGAUGCUCCGAAGAUCCUGACCCUCAAGGCUGUCUCCGCAUGGAUCCUGGUGGAUUAAUGGCCAGUGCCCAGAAUGCCAGAGCAUUAGCAACAGACAAACAGGAACAUGUGUUCAUUUAUUUAUUUAUUUUGGAAUAUGGUGCAACAGGAAGAGGGCGGGGGACGCAUGCUCUUCUGCCGGUGGCCCUGCCUGACUCCACUGGCAGCACCGCCCCCUCCGUCCAAGCACCUUCCCUGCGGGAAGGAAAUAGGCCAGGUAGGGGGAGAGACAGAGCAGCUGCUGGAAGGACCCCCAGCAGUCACGGGUCUUCAGAUGAGUCCAGCCCUGAGAAUGCAAAACCAGAAUCGCCCCCAGGCCCAGAACAUCACUCCCUCCACGCUGUCCCCGGCCGAGGAAUGUCAGGCCUCCUCUGGAACACGUCCCACCUCCGCAGCCACCAUGCAGCAAUAUGCAGUCCUGGGGUCCUCGUUGAUCUGGGGCCAAGGGCAGGCCGGCCCCUCUCCAGACUUCUCCCUGGAAGACCCAGAUUUGCUCCAGGAACUCCAGGCCCAGGAGCCGCGGACACCCCGGGGUAUGCUUCUCCCCACCUGCUGACACCUUGGUGACGACAGUGACACUAGUGAUCUUACUGAGGACACGACUAAAUGAAUAGCUAUUUUCUUGUCAUUUUUUUAAGUGCAACUAUUGCUUCCUGCUGCUUCAGUUAUCAGAUGAAUGCUGAGAAAUAAGUAAUCACAGACAUUUUAAUACCAUUUCA